CUUUUGCCAAAUCGGGCCGGUAUGCGCAUGCGUGUCUGCGGCACCUAGUCUCUCCAUACCAAGGCGAGAAGCCGCAGCUCUUAAGUUUGGGCCUGGAGCCCGAGAAGGCUCAAACUUCUUCACCUUCCGUCUGUCUGGCGGAAACUCAAGCACUGGAAGAGGGGUUCCGGGCCUGGCCUGCCCUGGAGGUGGCCGAAUGGAGACCGGAACCGUGGACGGGCCGCUGACCGGCCGCCCGUCGCUGGCCUCUUCCUGGGAUGCCGCAUGCGGAGCCCUGGCCCAGAGGCUCCAUCUCACCCGGGCUGAUCUCGGCGCCCGGGACGCCGACUGGGAGGAGCUGCUGGCGCCGCCUGACACGAGCCAGGACCUGGUGGUUUUGAAAAGGAACCUGAACAGCCAAGAUGAAAACCCCUGCUUCCUUUACCUGAGAUGUGACCCUGGUGGAGGUGAAGAAAUCGUUUCUAUUGGCAUUUUAAGUUCAGCAAGAAAUAUGGAAGUAUACUUAGGAGAGGAGUACUGUGGAACCAGUAGGGGCAAGAAUGUUUGUAAUGUUCUGGACAACAGUGAACAUGAAAAGAUUAUUUUGUACAAAAAUUACCUAGAAUUGGAGUCUUCCACACAUGCUUGUAAAAUAAAGUUGCUCUCCUUUGGGGAAAAGCAGUGUGUGUUCAUCAGUAAAGUGGUGGUACACAUGAGGCCAGUUUCCACAAAUUCCUCCGCAAGCUCUCCUGCUCUAGGAUCAAGGAUAGACCUGGAGAGGGUCCAAACCAUCAUGGAGUCCAUGGGGUCAAAGUUAUCACCUGGAGCUCAGCAGUUGAUGAAUAUGGUUAGAUUUCAGCAGCAGAAUUGCGUUCCCAUUGGAGAGCAGCUUCAGUCGGUUUUGGGAAAUUCCGGAUACAAGCAUAUGAUUGGACUACACUCCUCAUCUACCUCAGGAGCCUUCGCCAAGUCAUCCUCCACACCUUUUCCUUUCAGAACUGGAUUGACAUCCGGAAACGUGACUGAAGACUUCAAAGCUUCCGUUGAUAAAAGUGCACAGCCAGCUGGUGGAGGAGCCAUCACAAACCUCCAGGAGUGUAAAAUUGUGCCACAAAACCAUUCUCUUCUUGAGAAUGAUCUUAAGAAAGCAGUAUCUUCUUUCUUACCAAAGAAGGCGAGUGACAGCUCACAUAUACCCAACUCCGAGCUGCUGCCUCUCCUGCAGAAUUUAUGUAGCCAAGUGAGCCAUCUCCGUGUGGGGCCUACCAGCAAGUGGCAGGAAGGCAUCACCGCGCCCGCUGAAGGCACUGCUGGUGUCACAGUGGAAGAGCAAUCCAUUUGUCCACACUUGGAAAAGAUUCUUUCUAAAAAUAUGGAACUGAUGGAAAAGAAACUUGCAGACUACAUUGAUCAGCGCAUAUGUAAACUCCAGGAGCACACAGAUAAUAAGAUUGCUUUGUUAAUGGACUUGCUGCAAAACCCCAACUCCCCACCCUCUGGGAUGCCUCUAAGACAUUAUGACUCUGGAGAAAGACUUUCAAAUGGAGAAAGAUAAGCACUCAACACGUACUAUGUACUACAGAUAUUUAUUACAUAUUUAUUACAAAGCCAAAACUCCCCCAAAAGUUGAAGCAACUAUUUACUAUCAUUUGAGGAUUAACAUUUACUUACAUAAAGUGACCUCAGCGUUCAUUAACUAUAUUUGUUGUAAAUAGUACUGUACACUAAGAGUUAACAUGAUAGGGUCGUAAGUUGUUUUUCUGUGCAUAUUUUUUCCCUUUUAUAAGAAAUUCACAUACACUUCUGGGUUGCUUAAGUGUUCUGGAUUUUUAAGGGUCUGAUGCAGUUUAUUUGUAUUACAUGUGUGUUUGACCGAAGUACUCUUAAUGAAAAGACCUCGUGUUCGGGGGUAUAAAAAUGUUUAGAGUAUUUUUAUUGGUAUUGUUUCUUUUUCUAAUUGAUUGUUUGUAAUUGACUUGCAAUCUUUAAUGUCAGGUCACAUUACAUUUUUAAUUGUUUAUUUCAGAUAAGAAAUCAGACGUGAUGUUUGGCAUGUUUAAAACUGGUUUACAUUGUGGCCAUGAAUUUUAUGUUCUUUUACGUGGUAGCUGUGGAUAGAAAAGUGAAAAUCAGAACUGACCUAUUCUUUCUUAGGUUAUUACUUAAGAUUUAGUGGUUGAUGUAAAAUGAGAGAAGUCAUCUUGUUUUAUUAUAGUCAACCCAGAAAGUAGAAGGAACUCUCUCCUUUUCUAAGCUAAUACAGGUUCUUCUCUCCAGAGCCCGUUUCUUUGUCCUUAAAGUGUGAAAUGCUGGGUUCUACACUGAAGGGUUAAGGCAUAUGAAUCAAGGAGACUGCAGUUCUCCCUGGCAGACUUAAUUUUCAGAAUUUAUACCUAUUGUAUAUGUGUUGUAUGGUGAUAUAUUUGCAUCUAAAAAAUAAAUGCAUCUGUUACCGA